CCAAGACUUAGGGAAGAUGAUUAGACUUGCUAAAGAACAGAAUGGGUUAUACUACCUUGAGACACCAAGGCUCUUGGAUCGUUCGCCAGAGCGUUGGAAGCACCCCUUGUCUACUGGGAAAGGCUGUUGAUUGUACUUAUAUCCGUGGUCCCAAGUACUUAGAAAUUGAUGUUGACAUUGGUUCCUCCACUGUCGCCAAUGGAGUCUUGGGCCUUGUUUGUGGUGUAAUUACUACGCUAGUAGUUGACAUGGCCUUUCUUGUACAGGCAAAUACAGCAGAGGAGUUGCCAGAAAGACUCCUUAGUGCUGUCCGUGUUUCUCAUGUGGAAUUGUCGUCUGCAAUUGAUCCAAAUCUCGAAUCCAAAUCAUCACCACCUCCUUCCUCGAGCAACUGACCCGGAUCAUUACUUCCCUUCAUAUUUUUUCCUGCGACUGUAUCAUUACCUUUGUCAAUAUUUUUUUGAGCGGAAAGCUUAGAAAUCAUAAGAGAGGAACCCUAUGCAUAUGCUUCUCUCAAGGCCCAUAUCUCUGAUGUUUAGGUUUGGGUUUUGUUAUUUAUUUCAACUAGUGUGAAUUUGGAAUCAAACCCCACCUCCAUUUUCCCUU